UUUAAGAGUGCAAUGAUUAGGUAUGCAGUGCACCACAAGAAAAACAUUUACUUUAAGAGGAAUGAAUCUAAAAGAGUCCGGGCACUAUGCAUUCAAAAAAACUGCCCCUUCUGCUUUUAUGCCAGCUGGGAAGAUAGGUUCAAAUGCUUCCAAUUGAAAACCAUGAUCACCAAACACAGAUGCAAUUCCAAAUUCAAGCUGAGAGUUGUUAGUCAAAAAUGGAUACAAGAGAAAUACGAAGACAAGGUUAGGGAUGACCCUUGUAUUGGGUAUGUGGCAUUAAAAGACCUCAUUGAGACAGAAUUGGGCAUUCAUAUUUCAACAAGCAUGGUCAGGAGGGCUGUGAGAUGCAUCAAAAAGAGAAUAAAUGCUAGCUUUGAAGAGCAAUUUAACCGCCUUAGAGACUACGAUCAAGAGUUGCUUGAUUCUAUCCCAAACACUACCAUGAAGAUAAUGACAUCGAGAGUUGUUGAUGAUGGCCCUUGUAUGUUUCAGAGGAUCUAUUGCUGCUUUGGUGCCAUGAAAAGGGGAUUUUUAGAAGGCUACAGAAAGAUUGUUGGGCUAGAUGGUUGCUUCUUAAAAGGGCUUUUGAAGGGGGAAAUCCUAACAGCUGUUGGAAGGGAUGCUAACAACAACAUGUAUCCAAUAGCAUGGGCCAUAGUUGAGAUUGAGAAUACAUCUUCCUGGGCAUGGUUUAUAGAGUUGUUGAAGCAUGAUCUGGAAAUUGAUGAUACCAGCCCCUGGACUGUAAUAAGUGAUCAACAAAAGGGUCUUACCAAUGUCAUCCAGACCUUACUCCCUCAAGCUGAGCACAGAAAUUGUGCAAGGCACAUACAUGCAAACUGGAGCAAGAAUCACAGAGGGAAAUACAUGAAGCAGCUGUUCUGGAUGUGUGCUAGGUCCACAUGUCAGUCACAACUUCAAGAGUGGCUUCAAGAGCUUAAAAAAAAGGAUGUUGCAGCCAAACAAGAUCUGGAAAAUUAUCCUUUCAAAACCUGGUGCAAAGCCUUCAUUAGGACUUCUGUAAAAUGUGAUGCAGUUGACAACAACAUGUCAGAGGCUUUUAACCGAACACUGGUGGGGUGUAGGAGCAAACCUAUCAUUCCCAUGCUAGAUGACAUACAGAUUCAAAUGAUGCAGAGAAUUGCUAAAAAGAGAGAUCUAGCUGCAAAAUGGAAAGGUAGGAUUUGCCCUAACAUCAAGAAAAUUCUGAAUACUAACAUAUUGAGAAGCUCAAAGUGGAGGGUGGUAUUCAAUGGAGAUGAUGGCUAUGAGGUUAAGAAAGGGAAGUAUCAAUACAAGGUAAAGCUGGAAGGAGACACUUGCUCUUGUAGAUCUUGGGAGUUGACUGGAAUUCCAUGCCAGCAUGCUAUAUGUGCAAUGUUUGAUCAGGACAAGGAUCCAGAAAGUUAUAUUGAUGAUUGUUAUUCAAUUGCUGCCUUCAGACGAACUUAUUCCUACACUUUGGAACCCAUUAAUGGGGAAAUGGCUUGGCCUAGAGUAGAAGGAGAGAAAAUACACCCGCCUGCACCCAAAAAAAUGAUUGGACGCCCAAAGAAGAAAAGAACCCGGGAGGAAUCUGAGCCUCCAGCAGGCAAGCUGUCAAGAAAGGGAAGGGUCAUGACAUGUUCCCAUUGUAAGCAAAAGGGCCAUCAAAAACAUGUGUGUCCAACAGCUCCACAAGGCAGUUGAUGUGUGUUUUCUCGCACUUAAAAAGAUUGUAAUAUAGUGGUGUAAGUACGAGUAUCGUCUCCACAGGGACGGACAAAAGGGAAUUAAGGAUUAACUAAAUUCAGCGAUUAAAAAGAAAUAAAUAAAAAUGCGUCGUGCGAG